AUGGCAGGCUUUAAUCCUGAUGACAUGAGUCGCUUUGACGACUUCAACAUAUUCACUACCUCCUACAAACAAAUCGGGAGUUACAAUAUAUCCCUGAAUACAAUUUACGAGCAAGGAUUGACGUCUGUUAGCACCUCUUCACAGCCUAUCAUCAUCCGGUUUCAUGGUGGUGGCCUCGUUGCCGCUGAUAGCCUUUUCCCAGACUUCUUCGGGUACUGGUUGUUGGACCUUGCAAAGAAAUACGGAGCAAUCAUAAUCUCCGCAAAUCAUCGUCUUCUGCCAGAAGCAAAUAUCAGUGAUAUUCUCGAGGAUCUCGAAGACGUUUGGACCUGGGUCCAAUCGUCACUACCUGAAUUUCUCAGGAUCAAGUCUCAAGGAAAAGUCAGAUGCGACCUUAAACAAAUUCUCACGGCAGGAGAGAGUGCAGGCGGGUAUCUCGCCAUCCAGCUCGCGCUCAAUCAUCCAAACGGGAUUCGAACAUUCUUGGCACAAUAUCCAAUGGUUGAUAUGAAGAGCCGUUGGUUCACAGAAAGCUUUGAAAAGAGUGUUUUGGGCGUGCCACAAAUGCCAAAGUCAGUCAUUGGCAAUCAUCUGGCCAAAGCUAGAGAUGGAGCAUCGACCACGAAGGAUGAGAAAAUCGUGGAAUCAUCGGAUCCGAGACUCGACCGUGGUGGCCUGAUGUUUUGCAUGAUCCAAAAUGGCCUAUAUCAGGACUAUUUUGACAUAGACGAUGCAAAGCAGUUUCCAAUAGAUCGCCUAGAAAAUGGAGAGCGCUUACCCCCGGCUGGUGGUCUAAUAUGGCAUGGAGAGAAGGACAGUGUGGUUCCGGUAGAUGGAAGUCUUCGCUUUAAGAAUACAGUGAGGAAACACAAUCCUGACAUCAAUUUACGCCUUCUAGUAAGGCCUGGCGACCAUGGAUUUGACAGUUCUGCCAGGCUCACCGAUGAAUGGGUAGAAAGGGCACUUGAACCAUAUGUCGCAGCCUGGCUAGCUUAG